AUGUUACCCCGAACUCCACCCAAACCAACAAACAAAGUCCCUACUCCCUCAACGUCCGCAACACCAGCUAGACGGACCUUAGUAGAGAUGUUGAGCCCGGCCUUCACUCGCGUAAAACGCCCAACAGAGUCGGCUCAUAUGGAGAUGGCCAAAGAAUACAGGCAGACGGGCCUACAAGCUCUCGCUGCCUCCCGCAACUUAAAAGGGGAGCUAAAAACUGCUAUCACAGAGGCAAUCGAAGGCCUCUUCGGGGUCGUCGGCCUCAUUGACCCCUCACCUACCACCCCUCCCAACCCUCCUGCCCCCGCACCGCACACACCACAGGCUACCAAAGCCACGAUUACACCCUCAACGAUUACACCGCCAACCGAUACACAUAUAUACACCACACAAUUACUACAGAAACUCGAGGCCCACUCUCGGCUACUCGAUGAAUCGAAUAAGGCCUUGCAGGAACACACCAGGGUUCUUAAGGCAUCCCCUAAACCCGCGCCGUCGGAGAUACAACCAGUGUCGGCGGACCCGCAUAAGACUUAUAAAUCUUACGCUAAGGCCGCCGCCACCCCAACCCCCUGCAGGGCCUUCCAUCAUCGUGUCCGGAGAGGGUCUAGACACAACAGAACAGAUACUUACUCAAAUUAG